UCCGUAUCGAAUAGUGAAUCGCUACCUCCAUUGCCAUCUGGAUGGGAGGAACGAACCGAUGCAAACGGGCGUUUAUAUUACGUAAAUCAUAUCCGCCGAACAACGCAGUGGGAUCGACCAAGUGUUAGGUCAGUUGUUCUGACAUACUGCAUAAAAUUUAAUGACUAUCGUGCGGCUGGUAUGGAACAACCUGCACCAUCGCAACCUAGUCCUGAGAUACCAGUGCCUGUGCAACCAACUCCUAUAACAGUCUCUCCUACUAAUACUACGAACAGUAAUGGUGUCAGUCCACAACAGGUACAGCAAUUAACUCAGUAUUGCUAUCCCUACUCAUCGAACUCUAAACUAUCGGAACAGCCCUUACCACAUGGUUGGGAAAUGAUGUUUACGGAGCAAGGACGGCCUUUCUUCGUAGAUCAUAACACGAAGACUACAAGUUGGAAUGAUCCAAGAGUUACUGGUCAAACUGCGCUUGGUCCUCUACCGCCGAAUUGGGAGAUGCGUUAUAGCAAUGGUCGUCCUUUCUACAUUGAUCAUAAAAGUCGGAAAACUCAGUGGGAAGAUCCCAGAUUAACGGUCAUGCCUUACUCUCGUGACUAUAAAGCAAAGUAUGACACUUUCAGACAAUGGAUGAAAGUCCCGGACAAUCUACCAAAUAAGUUUGACAUCCGAGUCAAGAGAAGUCAUAUACUAGAAGAUUCUUUCCGAUCUAUCUCAGCUGUAAAGAAACCCGAUUUGUUGAAAACUAGACUUUGGAUUGAAUUUGAUCAAGAAUCUGGUCUUGAUUACGGCGGCUUAGCUAGAGAAUGGUUUUAUUUACUUUCUCAUGAAAUAUUUAAUCCUUACUAUGGCCUGUUUGAAUACUCGGCAAAUGACAAUUACACUCUCCAAAUCAAUCCUAAUUCUGGCUUAUGCAAUGAGAAUCAUUUGGCGUACUUCAAAUUUGCUGGAAGAGUUGCAGGGAUGGCAGUAUUUCAUGGAAAGCUAUUAGAUGCAUUCUUCAUCGCUCCUUUUUACAAAAUGAUGCUUGGUAAGCCUAUAACACUGGAUGAUAUGGAAGCAGUUGAUACUGAGUAUUAUAACAGCCUGCAAUAUAUCAUGGAAAAUGAUCCGAGUGAACUUGAUCUUUUAUUCUCAGUUGAUGAGGAGACACUUGGAAAGGUUAAUCAAAUAGAUUUGAAACCUAAUGGUAAAGAUAUUCCUGUCACAGAAAAGAACAAAAAAGAAUACAUAGAUCUCGUGAUCAAAUGGAGAUUCGCAAGUAGGAUAAAAUCUCAAAUGGAUAAAUUUUUGGAGGGAUUUAGAGAAUUAGUAUCUUUAGAAAGGUUAAGAAUUUUUGAUGAAAGAGAAAUCGAGCUGUUAAUGUGUGGUAUGGGAGAUAUUGACGUUCAUGAUUGGCGUAGAAACACAAACUACAAGAAUGGCUAUGGUGAUCAGCAUUUAGUAAUACAGUGGUUCUGGCAGGUUGUUUACGCUUUGGAGAAGGAGUCUCGCUUAAGACUGCUUCAGUUUGUUACUGGUACAUCUCGUGUUCCUAUGAAUGGUUUUAGCGAAUUAUAUGGUAUUAAUGGGCCUCAACGGUUUACGAUCGAAAGAUGGGGCAAAUUUGAUCAACUACCUCGCGCUCAUACAUGCUUUAAUCGCAUUGAUUUACCGGAAUAUAAAAGUUAUCAAGACUUACAUGAUAAGUUAAUUAUGGCCAUCGAAUGUACACAAGGUUAUGAAGGAGUAGAUUAA